UGGCGAUUUCUUUAUAAGAUUGUCAAUACUUGACAGUAUGUCAAUACUUCCAUAGAAUUUCGAAAGUUGUCCAACUCUAUAUUCCGCGACUGGCUCUCCUCUCGAAGCCGGGCAUCGCUGUUGUUCAGUCAAGAUUCCCUUCCGAAAACAAAUCGGCCAUCCUCCCUCAUUCGUCAUCAGCAUCAUCAGCAUCAAAAAUUAAAAUAACAAACUCAUUUUACUUGUCAUACGUACAACAACUUCCCCCCCAGCGCGUCGGUCUUGAUAAUCUCCCAAACCAGUCUGCACCACUCUGAGUUCCCACCCAGGCCUGACAUUCCUUUUCCUUUACAAAUCCCAACUGUACAACUUCUUUCAAAGCCUUCAACCUGCCUCCAACCUCCGAACGGUCCAUCCCCAAUUCAUCCGACCCCAGCAGACGACCAUCCUCUCCAGGCCGCGAAGCUCUUACAGCUUUAAAUAUCCCCUCUGCCCAUCACACUCCUUCCAUCCACUCAGCCCAGAUCAUCAAUCUCUGAUCACUUAAUAAAAUAACCAACCUGAACCACCCACACUAAUAACCAACCACCAAUACUAAUCACCAUACCCUCGUACCACAACGAACACCCGUUCCAUAUUCAGAGUUGAUAUAUAUAGAGCCAUAUAUAUCCAGCACUGUUUUCAUACGAAUUGUACUGCCAUCGUCAUCUCUACCAAGUCUAUUUGCUCCCCUCAUUUAAACUUCAGCAACCUUGACCCCUACGGCCUCAUACAUACGAAAACAUCAAAAAAAAAAAAAAACUAUACUUACGCAUUACAUAUAUAUCUGUUAUUAUAAAGCAAUCAAUACGAAAGUAUACAUUUAUUUUGUAUGAAUAUAUUCCCUCUCAUCAUAACCAUCGAUCUCAAAUCCAGACAGACACAUAUACCACUCUAACCUCGACUUCAUCUGCUUGAGAUUCGAUACAAUCUUCCAAGAAAUAACACAUAAAUAAAUACUUACUUGCCGUUGCCUUCCCCUCGUCUCCAGCAAAUUCCCCUUCCUCCAUCCAGCUCUUUGCCCUGGGUCUAGUCAUUCACAAACAUAGACGUAAGGCCUUGCAGCUACUCUUGCACCUCGCGUUAUCCAGAUUCGUCGUCCCAUCCAGGAACAAACCAUCCUCCCCCCUUCGCACUACCGAUUCCUUGCUCUUGUCAUGGGUUGCGGGCCUUCAAAACCGGCGGAAGACCGAGACGCCAGCCACCGUAGUGCAGCCAUCGAUGCUCAGCUUAGGAAAGAUCGAAGUAAUGCUCGAAAGGAGAUUAAAAUUUUGUUGCUCGGUGCCGGAGAAUCCGGUAAAUCCACCUUGGUCAAGCAAAUGAAAUGCUUAUGGGAUCAACCUUACACCCAAGCCGAACGAGAAAGCUACCGUGAAGUGAUUUUUGCCAACACCAUCACCUCAAUCCAAGUCGUGCUCGAUGCCCUGCCUGCUCUUCAACACAUCACCAUUCCUGCCGAGCAGGGGGACGCCGAACGGAUCGAUCUCCUGCUCACCCUCCCACCCGAUUCACACGAUACCCCCUGCCUGGACCCCAAGGUAGCCGACGCGAUCUGCCAACUCUGGUCUCGCCCCGGACUCAAGCAGGCCGUCGCACUCAGCCAUCUGUACCAGCUAAACGAUUCGGCUUCAUAUUAUUUUGACAACAUUAUCCGGAUCGCGCAACCAGGCUACAUUCCUACAGAACAAGACAUCGUUCGAUCCCGAGUCAAGUCCACCGGCAUCUCUGAGAGCAAAUUUCACGUUGGCCAGCUGAUAUGGAAAGUCUUCGACGUCGGUGGCCAGCGCUCCGAACGUAAAAAAUGGAUUCAUUGUUUCGAGAAUGUAAACGUUUUGAUCUUCUUUGUGGCUAUCAAUGAAUAUGACCAGGUACUUUACGAAGACGAAUGUGUGAAUCGGAUGGCAGAAGCGGCUACAUUGUUUGACUCGAUCUGCAACUCUCAGUGGUUUCGCCAGACACAAAUGAUUCUAUUCUUUAACAAGAUUGAUCUCUUUAAAGCGAAACUUCUAACCUCACCACUCUCGAGCCGUUUUCCCGACUACGACGGCGACAAUUCGUAUGAAUCCGCAGCCAAGUUCAUCCAUCGCAACUUCCUGCAGCUGUGCCGAGACCCAAACAAGGACAUCAUCACUCAUUUCACCUGUGCCACCGAUUCUCAGCAGAUAUCCGUUGUUCUAGCUGGUGUUCAGGAAUCAAUCCUCAGGAAAAAUCUGGCAGCAGCUGGUUAUGUUUGAACAUCUAUGAUAUCAGCCUCACAUUUUGGAUUGGCAACCUUCAACCUUUACCAUGCAUCCCGUCCAGGGCUCAAACUUGCAUAUAUAUAUAUAUACAACCAAAAGUGUUUUUAGUACUCAAAAUUUCACUUCAUCUCAAACAAUCAUCAUGAUUGCAUUCAAUUUUUGGUUACUACAUCCUCUUCUGAAUCAUAAAUAUCUUUACAACUUAUUCUAUUUGACAUUGCAGUUAGUUUAAUCUAAAUCUCUCUUUUUCAAUUUCUCUAUCUCUCUUUAGGUAUUUAUUGCUGCUGUCAUGCAUUGUUUGUUUCUCUGGUCUGGAAGAAGGUCUGUCCUUCCUGCCAAAGAAAGGGGGUUCUCAAUUUUGCUGUGUUUUGUUUUCUUUUAGCUAUUCAUCAAGGCUGGGGCUUGGAUAUUUUUGUUUCCUUCUCUUCUUUUUUGGUUUCAAUGUUCUUCCGCAUCUUUCUCUUUUUCUGUCUCUCUUCUCAUCCUCGAAAGUUCCAACAAAGGAAAGCUUACAGUUAUGAAUUUAUACACCAAUAUACCAUUUGAAUGACAAGUUGAAUCUAUCUGUGGUGCUCACAUACUGUUUCCUUCCGUCUUCUCACUCCUUUGCAAAGAUACUGGUUUGUUCAUGUUGAGGUCUGGGAUGAAGGUGAUGAUUCUCUAUCAGCUGGUCACACCCAGUGAAGUGGAAAAUAAUUGCCAUCAAAGUGGCAAAAUACCAGAUCAUGU